CAUGUAAAUGCGGAGAGAUAAAGCAGUGAUGUGAAGAGGUUGUUUAGAAAAGAAAACCUCACAGUUAGGUUGACGAAUUGAGGAGUAAAAGAGAGGCGAUGGCGGAACCGUCGUCGACAACAUCACCAACCGUAGUCUCUGAAGAAUUAGAUCCCGAGUACGGAAAAUACGUCACCAAUUUCUUUGAUAAUGUGGGAGUGUCUUCGACGAUUCCAGAGAAUCAUUCUACUGUCGAUAUCUACUCCACUAUUGUUGGCGCUCAUCUUAAAGUUCGCCAGAUCCAACGUGGCCACAUCACUGCUCAUCUCACCGUCAAACCCGCUAUCGCUAAUUAUUUCGGUGGAAUACAUGGAGGGGCAGUUGCAGCUGUAUCAGAACGAAUGGCGAUUGGCUGUGCUAGAACGGUUGUUGGUGAGGACAAGGAAAUAUUUCUGGGCGAAUUGAGCAUUUCUUUUCUCUCCGCCGCCCCCAAAAAUGCGGAGUUGAUAAUUGAUGGAUCUGUGGUGAGGAGUGGAAGAAAUUUGACAGUGGUGGCGAUUGAGUGCAAAUUCAAGAACUCUGGAAAGCUAGUCUUUACUUCUCGUGCUACUUUUUAUAACACACCCAUUUCCAAGUUAUGAACUUUCCAUGAGCAUUUUCGUAUUGAAAAUAUGGGUAGGCUACUUGUUAGGUUUGGGAUGAUGUCGAGCUCUCGCUUGGCUUCUGCCUUUUCGCAGAAUUGUUUGUUGAAACGGAGAAGCUCUCCGAGAGACCAAUUAAGAAUUAAUAAAAGCAAGAAUAGACUGUACAGUGGAUUUGAUAAAUGAAAUAUAAUGUCUUAUUUUGUGAUCAA